AUGGAGUUUGUCUCGGCUCCUUUGGAAGUUUAUCAGAGUUUUGAACAGCGAAAUCAAAAAUUUCAGAAUCUUUUGGAAUUCUGUCAUCCCUUUAUUUUACCCCACUUAGAAUAUUUAUCAACGCCUGCAACACUCAACAUCUUCUCGGCGAUUCACAACAUCAAUGGUAGUUUCUUUCCUCGUGCAAUUUCUACAACUUGUUUCUCGUCUCAAAUACCUACGUGUAGAUAUGAUUAUGAAUGA